CCUCUGGUAAGCAUUAAAUCAUACAUAGCACCACAAUUUUAGAUUUGUUACUGAACAGCUUAGCUGUAAUCCCACUUAAAUGUCCCUCGUUGCACUACAGUGCAAUAUCAUGUAAAGCAUAUAUGGCAUAAAAUAUUUUUUCUCAUCUAUGGUAAGAUCUGUAUGGUUACAUAAUAACAGGUUUUAAAACCUAUUGAAAUCAGAUGUUUGAGUCUUAUUUUAGUACAUAAAUACAAAUCCCACUGAUCCUACCGCUGGUUUUGCACUUCAGUGUUCAUUCUUAUGAUCAUGGUGCUGUGUUAUAAUCUACAAUGCUGUUUAUUCCUAGAUGGAUGUUACAGUGAAAUGAAAAAGGGUAACACUUUAUUUUACAGUCUCCAUGUUAUAUGUUACAUGAUGUAUAAAUAAUUUUAUGCAACUAACGCUAAACCAAACCAUAAUGAAGAACAUAUCAAGAGUAACAUCUCGUUUGUUCAUCUUUUUCUUAACUGAAGCUUUAACUCAAAUCAAUACUUUUGUCUAGUUAUUUACCUUUUUGGCAGAGAGAAACAUAAUAAGCGGAAAAAUGUAAAUCCAGAAGGUUGUUAUCACAAAAUAAUUCCCUUCAGAGAGAGAACUUACUGUUUUGGCCCAUAUCCAGUUCCAUCCCAGUAAAGACAGAUCAUUUUGUCAUUGCCACUGAAUGUGCUUUUACUUGUCUUAUUGUUUUGCCAUAUUGUAAGAUCCCCAAGAUUUGUCUUGGUUUAAUGUUUGUUGGUUAGCAUGCUCAUCAUGUUUUCUAAUUAUAAGUGUGUCAAAGAGGGAAAGCCCAGUUACUGGAACAGCCUUAGGCAACUCACAGUGGAGAAACUGGCUUUAGCCAGACGUUUUGGCUCAGGGGAACAGAGUCUCCUGGGGUCUGCAGACGGUCUGUCAUCUUCCACCGGUCUGCUGUCCUCCGGACAGCCGCACUCACUGCCCAGGUAUCAGUCCACUGCAAGCUGCAACCUGUGCUGCCAAACUGCCUAUCUCUCCGGAGGAGGUCUGAACCUCUCAGCUUCGAAUGUUUAUGACUCUGUGGUUAUGGAGAACUGUGCAGAUGGUUUAAAAACCAUAGUCAAAGAUCAACACCGUACAUGCACUGCUUGCAGCACGUCAUCUCUAGCCUACCCACACUCAUACUGCCCACCUGGAUGUGGCCCCCAUUCGCAGACAGCCCCCUCCAGCCCUCUGCUUCAGCGGCACCACACUAUAGGUGCCACCUGCUCUUCUCAUCCAGCUCUGGUGUUCACGAAGCAACACAGCCUGGAUGAGCUGAGGUCAGCUGUCCAUACCGUUGCCAGUAGUAUGGACCAGAGCAUCAGCGAAGCUCAAGAUCUCAAGCAGAAGAUGGUAGAUGUAACAGAGAGAAUGACAGACAGUGUGGAGGAAAACGCCAAGGCAUUGAGUCUGUUGGUGGAAGUGGUGGACAAACUGAAGGGUCUUAUUAUUGCCAGCAAGUCUCCAGAAGUGACUUCCAGACCCCAACACGUCUCAAAAAUGGCAAGCGGGCCCAACUUGCCUGGCCAGCCGAUUGCACCAGCCAACGCUCCAAGUGUUUUGUCCUCCUCCUCCUCAUCAUCAUCUUCAUCCUCAACUGCAUCGUCGUUUUCCUCCUCUUCUCUAAACUGUAACACAGAUGUUCCUUAUGUAGCAACAAAAUGCAACCCCUGCAAGUCUUCAUCAGGCCAGACUGGAAAGAGGUCUGUAACACCAGGAAGUAAAACUGGACAGACUUCCCUAUCAAAUGGUUUGAUGGCCUCCACUCCUAACGAUGACUGUAAUACAAUACUGUGCCUCCCUAGCAAGAGGAAAAAGUCAAAGAUGAGGAAAUAAGAGUGACUGUGUUCCCACUUCUCUCUCUUCACUUUACUCUUUGCUGAAAUUGCUGGUUUUGUUUUUACCGAAUGCUGCGAUGAAGUUGUUCUCUACAAUGGAACUACCCAACAAGCAGGCAAUUACUUGAUCUUUUUCUUAAUUGUAUCUCGUUCAUCCCAUCCACACUCAAGAUUCAUGGGACGUUUCAUUUGAUUUGUGCUUGUUAACAUUGUUCAAAAGUAAAACAUUUCCUUGCUUUUAAAUAAAAACACUUAAUUCAACAUUCUACAUUCUUCAUGUGAAGCUCUUUCAUCAACGCUAUGUGUCUUUCCCACAAGUUCCUCUUUGACCUUCGUCACACUUUUAGUUUAGGUCAAGUCAGGCAUGUUGACUGGAUUCCACAGUCACAUUACCACAGUGUCUGUCCUCCUAAAAUUUCAUCAUGUGUCGCCUGUUGUAAUGG